GAAUGGAGAGAGCGAGAGGGAGGGAGGGAUUGAUAAAUGUGGAGUGAUUCACUCCAAAGAUCACGUGGCCAGAAGAAGCGGAGGGCCAUUCCUACUUACGCGUUCAAGCUCACCAGUCCACCUGCUCGUAUUUCAGCCAAGCCGUCCCCAUCAAUUUUCUCUACUCCUCCACACCUUCCCAUUGUUGAUUUUUUCCCAUUUCCUUCUUCACUGCCUGCGUGACAGUUUUCCAGCACCACAAGUAACUCUAAAUAAUCUAAAGCAUGCUUUGUCGGCCAUUUCAGCUUCACCCCGGACCUCUCUGCCUGCCCCUUUCACCCCCCUAAACAUCCUUUCCACUCCUCAUCAUUCUCUUCACGACUUCCUCUUACUUUUUCACGCCACGUUCCUUUUCCUCUCCUUCUUCUUCGUCCGAUCCUUUUCCUUUAAUUUCCAGAGCUGAAUAAAUUUCUACUUUCUCUGACCUCCGGUAAAGCGGUUUGGAUUCUUGUCCAGAAUAUCUUGGCUGACUCGUCUGAGAUCCCCUACUUUCUGUGCCAAAAGGCAAUCUGGGUAUAUUCUAUUUUUGUCUGCAGAUUCAUGAAUUCCAAGGCCUCGGCGUUUCCCUCUCAAAAAGUUGAUCCCAAGUGUUGGAGAUGCUUCUUUUAUUAUCUUUUAUUUGAUGAGUAACGGUAUUAUGGUGGACUUUGAUAGGUCUAUUAAAAAUUAUGAUGUCUGGGAAUUUCAAAAAAAGGGGAGCGUUGGCAACUCUACUGCUAUUCACUUUACUUCUUUGUAUCACAGAAGGAUUGAACACAGAAGGCCAGCACCUGCUCGAGCUGAAGAGCAGUCUUCAUGACGAAUCUAAUCAUUUGGCGAAUUGGAAGUCUACUGAUGAAACACCUUGUGGGUGGACGGGCGUAAAUUGCACUUCUGACUAUAAUCCAGUGGUCUGGUCCCUUGAUUUGAGCUCAAUGAAUCUUUCCGGAACACUAAAUCCUAGCAUUGGAGGUCUGACGCAUCUAACUUAUCUCAAUCUUGCCGACAAUGGGCUGAUGGGAAAUAUACCCAAUGAAAUUGGAAAUUGCUCGAGCUUGGAAUUUCUUUUCUUGAACAAUAAUCGAUUCAGGGGACAAGUUCCUGCUGAAUUGGGGAAGCUUUCCCUUCUGAGGCGUUUGAAUAUUUGCAACAACAUAGUCUCAGGUUCUCUGCCAGAAGAAUUGGGAAACCUGUCUUCGCUGGUUGAGCUUGUGGCCUACACAAAUAAUCUGUCCGGUCCCCUGCCUCGUUCUAUUGGAAAUCUCAAGAGUCUCACUACUUUGAGAGCCGGGGGGAAUAGAUUGUCAGGUAGCUUGCCAAGUGAGAUCGGUGGAUGUAGGAGCAUGGAAUUUCUUGGCCUUGCUCAAAAUCAGAUAGGAGGAGAACUGCCGACAGAGAUUGGGAUGCUUCAGAACUUAAGAGAACUGGUUUUGUGGAAUAACCAGUUAUCAGGGCUUAUUCCUAAAGAGCUUGGGAAUUGUACCAGCCUUGAAACCCUUGCUUUCUAUGGAAAUGCUCUUGUUGGACCUAUACCUGAGGAGAUUGGGAAUCUCAAGUCUCUGGGGAGGUUGUACCUUUACAGAAAUAAAUUGAAUGGCACCAUUCCAAGGACGAUUGGGAAUCUUUCUCUGGCAUUAGAAGUUGAUUUCUCAGAAAACUCUUUGGUGGGAGAUAUUCCUCCUGAGAUCAGCAAAAUAAGUGGUCUCCACUUGCUCUUUCUCUUUGAAAACGAGCUAUCCGGUGUUAUACCCAACGAGUUUAGUAGCUUAAGGAACCUGACAAGGCUGGACCUGUCCAUUAAUAAUCUCACCGGUCCAGUUCCGUGGGGGUUCCAGUACUUGACUCGAAUGUCUCAGUUGCAACUUAAUGACAACUCUCUAACUGGAAAUAUUCCCCAGAGCCUUGGACUUUAUAGUCCUCUUUGGGUGGUUGAUUUUUCUAACAAUCACUUGACAGGAACGAUACCUCCCCAUCUAUGUCGAAAUUCGAACUUGAUGUUGUUGAAUCUGGCUUCUAAUCGACUUUAUGGAAAUAUACCAACUGGCAUCCUGAAUUGUGAAACGUUGGCACUGCUACUGCUGGUUGGAAAUAGUCUUACUGGUGGCUUCCCUUCACAGCUGUGCAAACUAGUGAACCUUACUGCCGUUGAGCUGAACCAGAACAGGUUCAGUGGUCCUAUUUCUCCUGAGGUCGGGAGGUGCCAGAAGUUGCAGAGGCUUCAUAUUGCUAACAACUACUUCACAUUAGAGUUGCCUAUAGAAAUAGGAAACCUUUCUCAAUUGGUGACCUUCAAUGUUUCAUCCAAUUCUUUCAUUGGACCUAUCCCGCAUGAAAUUGUUAGAUGCAAGAAGCUUCAGCGACUUGAUCUCAGCCGCAACAGCUUUGCUGGUCCCCUGCCAGAUGAGCUUGGAACACUCUCUCAGUUGGAGCUUCUCAAGCUUUCAGAUAAUAAGCUUACAGGGCAUAUCCCUCCAACAUUAGGUAAUCUGCGUCGUCUGACUGCAUUGCAGAUGGGUGGCAAUUUACUUUCUGGAGAAAUACCUCCUGAUUUGGGUAAUCUCACAAGCUUACAGAUUGCAUUGAAUCUCAGUUACAAUAAUCUCAUUGGAAGUAUACCUGAUAAGCUGGGCAAUCUCUAUAUGCUUGAGUUUCUCCUUCUCAAUAAUAAUAAUCUGAGUGGUGAAAUUCCCAGCACAUUUGAAAACCUUUCAAGUUUGAUGGGGUGUAAUUUCUCAUACAACAAUCUCUCUGGACCUAUACCUUCCAUUCCACUAUUUGGAAAUAUGGAAAUUAGCAGCUUUGUUGGUAACAAUGGCCUCUGCGGUGCUCCUCUGCUUGGCUGCAACACUAAUCCAUCUUCUCUUUCUGAUCCUCCUAUGCAAAAUGUUAAUGCUUCUCGCACCAAGAUGAUCACUAUUGUUGCAACAGUUGUUGGUGGCGUUGCUCUCGUUCUAAUAGUAAUCAUUUUAUAUUUUAUGAGACGUCCUCCUGAGCCUAUUUCUUCGCUGAGGGAUUCUGAGAUUCCGACCCCAGAUUCAGAUAUCUAUUUUCCUCCAAAAGAUGGCUUCACCUUCCAUGAUCUACUUGAAGCUACCAACAACUUUCAUGACAGUUAUGUCAUUGGAAGAGGGGCUUGCGGAACAGUUUAUAAGGCAGUGAUGCCAUCAUCCGGAAAGACUAUUGCUGUUAAGAAGUUAGCAUCCAACAGGGAAGGGAACAACAUCGAGAAUAGCUUCCGGGCUGAAAUAUUAACUCUUGGAAAGAUAAGGCACCGAAAUAUAGUGAAGUUGUAUGGGUUUUGCUAUCACCAAGGUAGCAAUCUCCUACUAUACGAGUACAUGGCAAUGGGUAGCCUAGGGGAGCAACUUCAUGGAUAUGCAUGUACUUUGGAAUGGCCAACUCGGUUCAUGAUUGCUCUUGGAGCUGCUGAGGGUCUUGCCUACUUGCAUCAUGACUGCAAACCAAAGAUCAUUCACCGCGAUAUAAAAUCGAAUAACAUUCUACUUGAUGAAAACUUUGAGGCCCACGUGGGUGACUUUGGUUUGGCGAAAGUUAUUGACAUGCCUCAAUCAAAAUCAAUGUCAGCAGUUGCUGGAUCAUAUGGUUAUAUUGCUCCUGAAUAUGCAUACACCAUGAAGGUCACUGAGAAGUGUGAUAUCUAUAGCUAUGGAGUUGUGCUGCUGGAGCUGCUUACAGGAAGAACUCCGGUUCAGCCGCUAGAGCAAGGAGGCGAUCUGGUGACAUGGGUCAAAAACUACAUUCGGAGCCAUAACAACAAGCUGUCGUCUGGUGUGCUCGACAAUCGUCUCAAUCUCCAAGAUCAAACCACCGUGAACCACAUGCUCACCGUUCUAAAAAUUGCUUUGCUCUGCACAAACAUGAACCCUACUGAUCGGCCAUCGAUGCGCCAGGUCGUGUUGAUGCUUAUAGAAUCCAACGAGCGAGAAGGAAACCUGGCCACUUCUCCAUCUCAGUUUGAGAAUCUUGCUUCCAAAGAAGACGACGAGCAAGAGAGUACGUGAGGUAACGGGAACUUUUUGUCUCAACUUUAUAAACGAAAGAUCAUUCUUUUUUUCUGCUGACCAGCUCAUUGUUGUCGUCAAAACCCGAGAAAAUAGAUGUGAUUCUUGUACAUUCUUUCAUUAGAGUAUAUAUAAUGGCAGGUUGCCAAGCCUAGUCCGGUGUUACUCUGUAGCGGCCAUUAUUAUAAUUGCUUAAUUUCAGGUCAUGUAAUUUUCUUAUGGAAAUUCAGUAUAGUAACAUUGAAUUACUGUACAGUUGGCAAUACCAUCAUUGUUGGACCUGUGUCUCGGAUUAUGCUCUC